CUCUGAAUAUCAUGAUAUCAUAUCAGAAAUCUUGAAAUAAAAUGGAAAUUUCAUAUUUAGCUGCUACGUACCCUUAAAAACCCAAACUCGUCUUGGUUCUUGAUUGUUCUUCUCUCCACUGCGUACACAAGGCCAUCAAGAAUCUUGUCAUAUGUUCAAAGCAAUAGCUCCUGCGCAGUUGUUCUUCCGCUGUGUGGUGUGAAGUUGAAGGAAUAAACACUACCACUUGUAGCGUAUAAUUCAUAGAUGCUGAAACCUAAAUCAGGGCUUCAACGGUUUUGGGACCGCUUCGGUACUCGAUCAUCGGGAUCCACUUCUUCUUCAUACGACUCCUCGGACACCAUCCAAAACCAACACUACAGAUACGAUGUGUUUAUCAGUUUCAGAGGUCCUGACGCCCGCAACUCUUUUGUUGAUCAUCUCUGCUCUCAUCUCCUCCGAAAGGGCAUUUUCGUCUUCAAAGAUGACCACGAUCUACAGAAAGGAGAAUCCAUUUCCCCACAGCUUCUACAAGCAAUUCAACUUUCACGCCUUUCUAUCAUUGUCUUUUCCAAAAAUUAUGCUUCUUCCUCUUGGUGUUUAGAUGAAAUGUCCGCUAUAGCUUCUUGCAAACAACAAUCAAGCCAAAUUGUUUUCCCCAUUUUCUAUGAUGUAGAUCCAUCUCAUGUAAGACAUCAAAAUGGGGUAUACAAGAAUAACUUCUUUUCACACAGACGGAAAUUCGGAAAAGAUCGGGACAAAGUUCUUAGAUGGAAGAGGGCUAUGACGGAUUUGGCCAAUUCAGCUGGUUGGGAUAUGAGGGACAAGCCAGAGUUUGCACAGAUUCAAAGCAUUGUUCAAGCAGUAAUUAAUAAAUUAGGUCAUAAGUUUUCAAGGUCUGUGAAUGACCUUAUUGGGAUACAACCACGCGUACAAGCAUUAGAAGACAAAUUAAGAUUAAGCUCAAACAGUGAUGAUGUUCGAGUUUUAGGAAUUUGGGGAAUGAAUGGAAUAGGAAAGACUACUCAUGCAGCUGUCCUAUAUGACAAAAUCUCUCAUAGGUUUGAUGCUUCUUGUUUCAUUGAGGAUGUGAACAAACUUUAUAGGGAUGGUGGCUAUACUGCUGUUCAAAAGCAAAUUAUUCAUCAAACUUUUCGUGAAAACAUAGAUAUGAGUAAUCCUAUUGAAAUAUCAGGGAUUGUAGAAAAUAGGCUACACAGCAUAAAGGUCCUCAUAGUUCUGGACAAUGUUGAUGAAUUAGAGCAAUUGGAAAAUUUGGCCAUAAAACCUAGAUUGCUUUUGAAGGGAAGUAGGAUGGUUAUUACAACGACAGAUGAACAUAUUCUGAAAGUGUACGAGGGUGAUGUGUUGAGACACAAGCUUCCCUUAUUGAACGAUGCGGAUGCUCGUGAAUUAUUCUGUAGAAACGCUUUCAAAUGUGAAGAUCAAAGCAGUAAUUGUGCGGCGUUGAUUCCUGAAGUACUCAAAUAUGCCCAAUGCCUUCCACUGGCAAUUAAAGUGUUGGGUUCUUUCUUGUGUACUCGAGAUGCUGAUGACUGGAGAGAUGUGUUGAAUAGAUUGGAGAAUAGUCCAGAUGACAAAAUUAUGAAUGUACUUCAAAUAAGUGUUGAUGGACUACAACGUGAGGAAAAACAAAUAUUUUUACACAUUGCUUGUUUCUUUAAAGGGGAGAGGGUGGACUAUGUUAAGCGAAUUCUAAAAUGUUGUGGGUUACACCCUGACAUUGGAAUUUCAAGACUUACUGAGAAAUCACUCAUCACUAUUAGCGAUGAAGAAAUUCAUAUGCAUGAAUUGUUACAAGAAUUAGGAAAGAAAAUGGUUCGGGACCAAUCUCCGGAGGAACCAGGAUCAUGGAGUAGAAUAUGGCUUCAUAAAGACUUCUUGCAUGCCUUGACAGCAGAAACGGGAACAGAGAAGGUGAAAGCCAUAGUUUUAAAUAAAAAAGAAGAAAUGUCAGAAUGUAUUGUUGACGGAUUGUCAAGAAUGAAGGAACUUACAUUACUGAUAUUAUAUCACACAAGAGUUUCAGGAAGGCUGGAGGUUCUUUCAGACAGACUGCAAUAUCUAUUGUGGCAUGAUUAUCCUUUUGCUUCUCUGCCUCCAUACUUUACAGCCUUUAAUCUUGUGGAAUUGAAUAUGCCUAACAGUCACAUCACACAUUUAUGGGCAGGCGGCAAGAGCUGUCCCAACUUGAAAAGGAUUGAUUUAAGCAACUCCAAGUACCUGAGUGAGACUCCAGAUUUUUCCAGAAUCAUAAAACUUGAAAGGCUAGAUCUUUCUGGAUGUUCAAGUUUAUCUUAUGUCCAUUCAUCAAUUGGACUUCUUAAGAAACUUGCUUUCUUGAAUUUACGAAAUUGUUACAAUCUAGUUUGCAUUGACUUUGGCGGUGUAUGGAAUAUGAGUUCUCUGAGAGUUCUACAUCUCUCGGGUUGUUCUAAACUGGAAAGCACCCCAGAUUUUACAAGGGCAACAGAUCUUGAGUACCUUGACAUGGAUGAAUGUACAAGCUUAUCCACUAUUCAUCAAUCUAUUGGAGUCCUUUCAAAUCUUACAUUCUUAAGUUUAAGAAGAUGUAGGAAGCUUGUCAGUAUACCAAAUGAUAUCAAUUCCUUGGUAUCUCUUCAAACUCUAGAUUUAUCCGGUUGUUAUAACAGUAUGAAUCCGAUGCCAAGACAAGCUCUUUCGUCCCAUUUAAAAUCCUUGAUUUUUCUGGACAUUAGUAAUUCCAAUCUAAAAGAAGUACCUGAUGCUAUUGGAGACUUAAGAUGUUUAGAAAGACUGAAUCUACAGGGAAACAAUUUUCUUUCAAUACCUGAUUCCUUCCGUCAGCUUCAUUGUCUAGCAUAUUUAAACUUGUCUCAUUGUCAUAAGCUCAUAUAUUUGCCUGACCUUCCAACUGAAGGAGAUAAAUCAGGGGGGAAGUAUUUUAAAACGGUAUCUGGAUCUCGUGAUCAUAGAUCAGGCUUUUAUCUUGUUAAUUGUACUAAUAUUAAAUUGUCUCGACUUGAGUUCCUCGGACUUGAACGCUUCUUCCACCUAAUUAAGGAACCCUGUAAUUUUCGGUGUGGCUUUGACCUUAUUCUUCCUUGGGAUAUGGGAUUUCGACCUGUCUUCGGUGAAACAUUCUUAGGGAAUUCAAUUAUAAGGAUACUUCAAUGUGUUAUGAAUGACAACUGGAUUGGCUUUGGCUUUUAUGUUACAUUUAGUCGUGGGAUUGAUUUUUCUUCUUCUCACUGUUCAUUAUCCCAUCCACUUUAUCUUUCUUUUGAAAGUGAAUACACAGAAGAGUACUUUGAUAUGCGAUUUAAUUCGGAGAGAGAUGAAUGCUUUAUGUCUAGGCAUAUUUGGAUAAUUUACAUCAGUCGAGAACACUGUCAUUUUGUGAAAACAGGGGCGCAUAUCACAUUUAAAGCGCAACCAUAUCUUAAGAUCGAAGAAUGGGGGAUGAGACCUAUACUCAAACAAGAUAUAAGUGACAGUAAAGGGAAGAAAUACAUAAAAUUUUCCAAAUUAAAUCAUGAUCAUGUGGACUUUGAGUAUGUAGAAAAAAGCAACAGUGGUUCAGGGCCGAAAAUCCAGCUUCCUUACAAUUGGUGUGUCACAGAAGAAGAGCAAGUUGAGAAUACUGAUGCAAAGGCGAAAGAAAAUAAUCUCUCCAAUGCAGGGCUUUAAGUUGCUUCUCAGAGAUAUGAAAAUGGAAGCUCACACAUCUUUUCCGGACAUAUGGUAAUGAUCUUCUCCCAAACAAUUAUUCAUAAUUAAUUAUUGAUCAAAUAUUUUUAUUUUCACAAAAAUAUAUAUUUAAACUUAUAAUCUAUCCAUACAUAAU